ACCCAGGAUGCACUGCGCCGUCAUCCUGGUCCAGAAGAGCCAAGAUGGCGGACUUUGAGGAGCCAAUUUCCGAUGAGGAGAAGGUGCGCGUAGCUGCCAACUUUGUCCUCCGUGCUCCCCCUGGAGAGUUCAAUGAAGUCUUCAACGAUGUGCGGCUUCUCCUCAACAAUGACAACCUCCUCAGGGAAGGAGCAGCACAUGCCUUUGCCCAAUACAACAUGGAUCAGUUCAUCGUUUCCAAAAUUGAAGGGUAUGAUGAUCAGGUUCUGAUUACGGAGCAUGGAGACUUGGGCCAGGGGCGCUUUCUUGACCCGCGGCACCGGCUGUCCUUCCGCUUUGAUCACCUUCGUAAAGAAGCGAGUGACCCACAGCCCCACGAAGGCGAGGUGGCACUGCAGCCAUGGCGGGAUGCCAGUGACACUGCCCUGCGGGCCUACGUCAAGGACCACUAUCCCAAUGGCGUGUGUACUGUCUAUGGUAAAACCAUAGAUGGCCAGCAAACCAUCAUUGCCUGCAUUGAGGGUCACCAGUUCCAGCCCAAGAACUUCUGGAACGGCCGCUGCCGAUCAGAGUGGAAGUUCAACAUCAGCCAGUCAUCUUCUCAGGUGGUGGGUGUACUGAAGAUUCAGGUGCAUUACUACGAGGAUGGCAACGUUCAGCUGGUGAGCCACAAAGACGUACAAGAGACUUUGACCGUGACUGAUGAAAAUGAGACAUCCAAGCAAUUUGUUAAGAUCAUUGAAAAAGCAGAAAACGAAUACCAGACAGCGAUCAGCGAGAACUACCAGACCAUGUCGGACACCACGUUUAAGGCCCUGCGCCGGCAGCUCCCUGUCACCCGCACCAAGAUUGACUGGAACAAGAUCCUCAGCUACAAGAUUGGCAAGGAGAUGCAAAAUGCAUAGAUGCAUAAGCCAACAUGCUCCCAGUGUCUACAAAGGAGAGGAGCAAACAAAAAAAUGAAACAAACAGGGCAAAAGAGAAGGUGUGCUCUCCCAGAAUGUACGCUUUAGUGUGUUCCUUUUCAUUGUGGAUAAAGGCACAAGGUUCAGAUUUAGUUUGAAAAAGAGGAAGGGCUUUGGCUCCCUCAGCCUGCUGACAAGUGUUCCAUUACUGAAGCUGGGAUGGACACUGACUUAUCAGUAAAUCUUUGACUUCUCGGAUUUUGAACAAACUGCUGUAGUAAUGCUAGCAACUCCCCAGUCUCAUGUUAGCGACCAACUGAAACCUGUUUUCUAGAUUGCACACUUUCCCGUCAGUCCUCGUAUGCAACUGCUUGUUUUGUCAGUUAACAAAUGGAGGCAUUCUGCACGAAGGUCGGUUUGUCUGUAUUUGUACCAGACCUCAUUUACCCGACUUUACUGCAUAUCUGUAAAAUCACUUUCUUUUGAAAGAAAGAGGAAGGGAACAAAAACUCCACCAAGCCAAUUUUUUUCCUCAGCAGUUUUCUUCCCAUGGUAAAGUUCUCUUCCAAUAAGCUUUUGUUAAUUCAUUACUAAAUGUAUGUUUUUGUUACAUCUGUAAAUGUGCAUGUUUGUACAAAUGAGCAUACAUGAUGUUUGUAGGGCUUUUUGUUUUUGAUUAAAUGUUCCCUAACAUUCCCCGUUGUGUUUUGGGUGACACUUUACGGGCUGAAGGUAUCAGUACUGACAGCCAACAAGGUAAGUGAAGGGUGCAAGGUGUGGUUUGGGCACCCACAGUCACAAUAACUGACACGUUGGGUCCCCCUUCUGGUGAACAGGAGACAUUACACAUUAUGGUUACACAGUGGUUUAGUCCGUGAUGCUCCUGUUUUGACACUUGUCCUCAGCUUUUACUGCUAAAUAAUUUUUUUUAACAAAACAACAAAGAUGUACUUCAGAAAGGAAUAAAGAAUU